AAAAUGAGUGAGUUGUCCAUCUGUUGUCUGUCUGUCGUCCGUCCAUCUGAAACACAACAACAUGCCGUCGCUGCUUCUCCACAUCUUCACCUGCAUCUGUGUCCUCACAGUUUGAGUUCGAUCACAGCAGCACCUGGUGGACUUUGGAGUAAACGCAGUUUCUUUCAGCGCUGGCCUGUGUGUCACUAGCCACCACGGAGACGGUGGUGGGCACAGCCGGGCGGAGGGUGACGUUGCCGUGUCGGUCGGAGGCAGUGAAGCGGAGCGGUGUGGAGGUGUGCUGGGGGAGGGGGGAGCCGUCACUCUUCACCUGCCACAACAUUUUGAUCAACAUGGCCGGAGACGACGUCUCGUACAGGAAGUCGUACAGGUUCUCUCCAUCCUCCACCUCCUCUCUGUCCAUCUUCCCCUCUCGUCCAUCAGACUCUGGUUUCUAUCACUGCAGAGUUCAGCUGCCCGGUCUGUUCAACGACCAAACCUCCACCAUUCACCUCAUCAUCAUCAGCCCUGGCUCUCCGGUCUCUGACAACGAGGACGCCGAGGACCUGAACGCACCACACACUGCCACCGGUGACACAAUACAAUGCCGGACAGAGGAACAAGGAAGUGAUGUCACCAACCCCACAGAGCCAAUGGUGGCGCUGGUUCAGUCACCUGUUCAGCAGCCGGUGACCAGUUUACAGACGUUCAUUGGAAACACACUGAGACUGUCGUUCAUCAUCUUCAUCCCUGUGUCGCUGCUGGCCGCUGCCUACAGAGUGUGGAGGUGGAGCCAGAGACCAGAAACUGACAAGGGGCUCAGCCAAUCAGAGGAGGAGGAGGGAAACACCUCAGUGUAGACACCUGAGACACAACCCGUGUUUGUUUGGUUACCUGAGUUACCUGAGUUACCUGAGUUACCUGAGUUUUCAGACAGGAUUCUGCAGAGAAUUGUUUUUUAUCUUUGUGGUUGUUUUAAUAAUCACUCUUUACGUUCUCUGUAUGAAUAUAUUGUAUCUUCUAUGUCUGUUGGUAAACUCAUGUAUAACAAGUAGAAACUGUGUAUUCAUACAUUCAAACACCAGGGGGCGCUUUAAACCCUGAAAUAAAGAGCACGUGCAACAGCAUCUGUUAUUGAGUCCUGGUGAUUGGUCAUGUGAUUGAUUAUCGUCCUCACAUGAUCCUCUUUUCCAGUUUCAUACUGGGGAGACCCUGACCACAGAACUGUUGUUACCUGUCUGUUCUCUGGAACUUCAGCGGAAAUAAACUCUUCUAGUUCACCUGUGAUUUUACCUGAAAAUUAACAUCUGAUCUAUAGAAUAUUAAUAAUAGUAGCAGUAAUAAUAAUAAUAAUAAAGUGCUGCUGUUGCUGUUGUUCUGAACAUUAAAGUUUAUUAUUUAUC